GCCCUCGGUAGCACGGACACUUUGGACACGGGCACGGCGAAGUAGUGUUAUUUUAAGGUUUCCCAUGUAAAAAUGAAGUUUCUUAUCUGAAACGUCAAGUGUCCGAAUGUUUCUGAAACGGGACAUGUUAGAAUGAAUGAAGUGUCCGUGCUAGCUAAGGAUUCAUGCCCAAUUUCCUUUUUGUCUAUAUAUGCAUAUGAAUAUGGUUUUUUUAUUAAAUUUGGUUAUAUGCAAUUGUUUGGAUUGUGGAUAGAUGAGAUGAGAUGGGAUUGGAUUGAUUCUUUGUUCUGUUUUGAAUUUUGGGUUUUUGUUAUAGCUCCUCAUUUGACUGGAUGGGGAUUUAAGUUGUUUGUACAUUUACUUGAGGCUCCAGUGAUUGGUUCUCUUAUCAUGUCUAAUUUAAAGAAGGAGAAUAAGAUGAAUGAGAUAUUGAGAGAAACUGAGAUACCGGAACCACCCAUGUUUAAACCGGAAUAUCCUCCUCAAGAACCAGAACCUGGUGUUGUUGCUGUGGAUGAGGACGGAAAACCAGAAGACAGGGUUGAAAUAGCCUUAAGUUGUCUACCUCAUCAUGAUUUUGCUAGCAGCUGGAAAGAAGGCUCAGCUCCAUCAUUCAGGUACUGGAAGAUACGUGAUUACGCACAUGCUUAUCGAUCACAGCUUGUAACUCCAUCUAUGGUUGCUGAGCGCAUAAUUUUAGCUAUAGAGGAGUUUAAAAAGACCAAGCCGACAGCACCAUUAUUGAUUUCUUUUGAUAAGGAAGAAAUAAGGAAGCAAGCUACUACUUCUACACAGAGGUUUGAGGAAGGAAAUCCAAUAUCAAUUUUGGAUGGUAUUUUCAUGGCCAUCAAAGAUGACAUUGACUGCUAUCCCCAUCCAACUAAAGGUGCCACAACAUGGAAGCACGAGGUUCGUCUUGUUGAAAAGGAUGCAGUUUCUGUUUCCAGGUUGCGGAGCUGUGGUGUGAUUUUUGUGGGGAAGGCAAAUAUGCAUGAAUUGGGCAUGGGAACAACUGGAAACAAUCCAAACUAUGGAACAACAAGAAAUCCUCAUGGAACAGAUAGGUAUACAGGCGGAUCUUCCUCGGGUCCAGCUGCAAUUGUUGCUUCUGGACUAUGCUCUGCUGCCUUAGGAACAGAUGGUGGAGGUUCAGUUCGUAUCCCUUCUUCUCUUUGCGGUGUUGUGGGAUUAAAAACAACGUAUGGAAGGACAGAUAUGGGAGGUUCAAUAUGUGAUUCUGGGACUGUGGAAAUUAUCGGACCAAUUGCAUCUUCUGUGGAGGAUGUCAUGUUAGUGUAUUCUGUGAUUUUGGGCUCAUCUCCAGCAAAUAGAAUCUCCCUGAAACCGUCUCCUCCAUGUUUACCUAAUUUAACUUCAUAUGAGAGUACAAAUAUUUUGGGGUCAUUGCGGCUUGGGAAAUAUACAGCGUGGUUCAAUGAUGUACAGUCAACUGAAGUGUCAGAUAAGUGUGAGGAUAUUCUUAACCUUCUGUUAAAAACACAUGGGUGUGAAAUGGUGGAGAUUGUUGUGCCUGAGUUCGAAGAGAUGCGAAUUGCGCAUCUUGUUUCUAUUGGAUCUGAAACACAAUCCUCAUUAAGCGCUGAUAUUGAAGAUGGAAAAGGGGUGAGAUUGGCAUAUGAUACUCGUACCAGUCUUGCACUAUUUCAAUCAUUCAGUGCAGCAGACUAUGUUACUGCACAAUGUCUAAGAAGAAGAUUAAUGUACCAUCACAUGGAGAUUUUUAAAAAGGUGGAUGUCAUAGUCACCCCAACAACUGGCAUGACAGCACCCAAAAUACCUCCGAGUGCUCUUAAAUAUGGCGAGACUAAUAUGCAGGUCACAGGUGAUCUUAUGCGGUUUAUUCUUGCAGCGAACCUUCUCGGUUUUCCUGCCAUCACAGUUCCUGUUGGUUAUGAUAAAGAAGGACUUCCAAUAGGUUUGCAAAUAAUGGGUCGACCAUGGGCAGAAGCUACAAUUUUGCGUUUGGCUGCUGCUGUGGAGGAACUCUGUGCAAAGUCUAAGAAGCAGCCUGCUUCUUUUUUUGACGUUUUAAACGCAAACUGAAGCAUUUGCCUUCGGUUCCGAUUCGAUCGAGCUACAUUUUUAGAGUCCGAGCUUCAACUUGACAAGAUUACAAGAUUCAAAUUCGACUCGGCUCAACUCGAUUAUUUAUAAAGAAAAUUGUUCAAAUAAAUAUGACAACUUAAGAUUAUUGAGAUACUUAAUUUGAUGUGAGUUAUUAUAAUAAAAGUAUAAAUAUAAAUAUAUGUAUAAGGAUUGAGAUAAGAGUAUUAAAUUGGAUUAAACUUCAAA